AUGAUUGGGUACCCCUUUCUGCUGUCUGUUCCCUCAGUGCUAGUGUGGGCUGUGGCUGUGGGUCUAGCAUUAGGGGUGUUUUUCUUACUGCUGGCUGGAGUCGCCGUCUACUUCCUGUGGAAGAGGAGGAGGCGUGUCCAGGGACGGUACCAAGAGCUGUUCUCCUGCAUGCCCCCCGUCCCAGCAUGCACCUCUCCGGUCCUCUUGGCCACGCAGUCCCCCAGUGUCAGGCCGGGAGAGGUCCCCUUCUUCCUACCUCCCUGCCUUAAGGGCAGGUCCCGCCCCAGUCUGGAGGAAGAGGAGGAAGGCCCUGCAGGCCAGACGAGUCACCGUGGGUCCCUUGUCAUCAGAGCUUCUUUCCCGCUGGGCAGCCUCAGGCCUGACCUGUACCGCAUCCCAGAGGGGCUGGGAGAGUGGGCGUCCCCUUGCGGCGAUUCGGCGAGGCUGUGCUUCAGCGUGCAGUGCCGCCGGGAGAGGGAGGAGCUCGUGGUGUCCGUGCUCCGUGCCGCUAACCUGCCCGCGCGCUGCCGCUCCGCCUCCGCCCUGGUGAAGCUGCAGCUGCUGCCGGGAGACCUGCGCCGACGGCAGGCCAAAGCCAGGAGGCGAGGCCGCAACCCUCAGUUCAACGACAGCUUCGUCUUUCAGGUCUCCAGUGCAUGUCUGUCUCAGAGCACUCUGAGCAUGUCUGUCUUCAGUGUGGAUCGGCUGAAGAAGCACCAGCUGGAGGGCCGAGUGCUGUUUCCCCUGAGAGAGCUGGAGCUGAGGGGGGCAGAGGGGGGUGUGGUAUGGAGGGACCUGGAGACAGAGAGUGAUCAGUUCUGCUCAGAGCAUGGUGACCUCCAGGUGUCUCUGAACUAUAGCGUGCCUCUGCAGCGCCUCACAGUGGUGGUGCUGAGGGCAAGAGGCCUGCGACUGCUCCGUGACUCAGGUGUGUGUGUCCAGGUGUCCCUUCAGAUCCACACCCAGGUGGUGAAGAGCAAGAGGACAGCAGUGGUGAGGGGGGGCACUGACCCCACCUUUAACGAUCGCCUGUACUUUAGGCUCCGGCCCCCGCAGCUGGACGAGGCCUGCCUUCGGCUGGAGCUGCUGCAGACGACACCGGGAGAGUCACCAGGAUCCCUGGGCCUGGUGCUGAUCGGACCCUUCAUGUAUGCCCGCGGGCGUGAACUGGACCACUGGAAUGACAUGGUCAGCAAACCACAGGAGCUGGUCAAACAGUGGCACGGGCUGGGCCAAACCCCCUGA